AGUUACAAUCCUCGUGCGCACAAACUUGGCCAUAAAAGAUGAAUCAGGGCAUAAUGAUCCUCACAGUGUCUCCUCCUGGCCUCACGGGGGCAAUAAUGAGCCAGUGAGCGGUUUGAGAAACAACACAAGGUAAAAGAAGACGAAGUGAGCGAAAGUCAAACUGACCUGUUGAUUAUUUACAGAACAAAAACAAACGACAGCUGGUUUUAGCUUUUAUUUUCCACCUCUUGUCGUUUAAACAGUUAACGAUCGAGCUGCAUGAAACAGUCAACAGACACGAGGGGCUGUUGAAUUAGAAGCACUUUACGUUAGCCUGGUUAGUAAGGCUAGCUAUGAGUGCUAGCCGGGUCAUAGCCUCCACGGGCGGCCGAAACAAAGCUCCAGUCAGCCGCAGAAAGGAGCACCGAGCCCCCGGAGCUAACAGGGUGCUGGCGGGGAGGAACCCGCCUGUGGUGGCGGUGGGAGCCUGGGUGGAGGACGGACAAGACUUCCAGGAACACCCGUGUGCUCUUGCUUUGAUAACUGAGGAGCUUCAGGCAGAAAAGAGGAGGGAGAAUGAAGAGAGCCUGCGACGAUUUCAGGAUGAAGUGCGCCACCGAGUGGCACAACAAGCCCAAGUCUUCAGGAAGAGACAGCAGCCUCAAACUGAGCUAAUGGUCAAACCUAACAGGAGAAUCCCGCAACAACAAUAUCAAGUGUGGACCCAGCAUGUGCCUGCUGGGGAGAAGGGGGUGUCUGCAGGAGCUGCUAUACGACAGAGGGUGAUGGAGAGGAGCUCUCAGGGGUCUAGUGAAGGCAUGAGGCAGGUCAGACUCAGACUGGCCGCCUGUCAGAUGAGCUCUCAUGGAGGAACAACGUCAGACCUUCCUGGAGGCAAAUGGAACAUCUCCCCAACCAGACAUGCAAGCAAAGCUGAAUAUUGCAUGCAAAGACCAGAACAGGAAGUGGAAGAGGACGAGGAGGAGGAUUUUCAGAGAGAGGAAGAGGGAGAUGAUCAUUUCUUCACCGGUCAACAUGAAUGUCCCCUUGUUCAGCAGAAGGUCAGUGGAAGUGUGUUGUGGGACACAGACAAAUCACAGCCUGAUCCUGGUUUCAAGUCCAGCCUCAGAGCCACUCAGGUCCUGUGGCCUCUGACUGAGCAGGAGGAGCUGAGGAGACAGCGUCAGUCUCAGUUCCUGAUGCAGCGUCGUCACUUCAUGAGCACAGAGAGGGAGCAAGUGAAGGAGAACAAUCAGCACAGGAAACACCUGAAGAGAACUGCAAGGAUAAAAGAAGAGAAAGAACAGAUUCGUCUGGAGGAAGAGAGAAAGUUGGAGAGAGCUCGGCAGCUCGUGGAGGCCCGACAGCAGCUGGAGGAGAGAGAGCUGCUGAUUGUGGAACGACUGAGGCUUGAGGAGGAGGAGAGAGCUGUGGAGCUGCAGAGGAGAAAAAAGGAAAAACACAAAGUAGCUACAAGGUUCAUUGACGCCCUGAGAGCUCAGAUGAAAGAGAGACUGUCGCAGGAGAAACUGGAGCCCCCUCCUCUCUGCUGCUGUGCUUCCUCUUUCUGGGACUCUCACCCCGACACCUGCGCUAACAACUGUGUCUUCCACAACAACCCCAAAGCAUAUGCCCAGGCGUUACAAUCAACAAUGCUGAAUUUGGAUUCACGGUAAAGGAAGCUGGUGAACUGCAGCGGAAAAUGAGCUCAAAGAAACCAGGUCCUUGUUGUUUAGGUCUGACUGUUUGUAAGGAACAUUUUGGGAAAUACAGUCUAAGUGAAAGACUAGAAGAUGGAUGAUCUCUGCACAUCCAUCCAGUACAGAGUUGCUUCCAGAGUGAAAUAUGAGGACACAACAACAACAGAUACUAGAUGGGUUGCCAUGAAAUUUUGAAGAGGACAUUCCUGUUUCCCACAAGUUGAAUCCAAAUGACUUUCGUGAUCCACUGUUUUUUUUAUUGUUUAAUAACACCAGCAAGUUAAAAUGUUCAUUCAGGGAUUUGAUACAAUGCAAUUACUGAAGUGAGUUUACAAGUUUAUUAAAGUUUAGGGAAGUGUAAACUUGAAGAUAUGCUUUUGAGGAUUUGCUGUGGUAUUGUACGGAAUUAUAAAAGUCUGCUUUGUGUCAUGUUAAUUUAUAAUUCCUUGAUAAACUUAAAUCUGUUAA